AUGUCGCGCUCAUUUUUAGUGGAUUCAUUAUUAAGUGAUGUACCUUUAACAAAAAAGGAGAAGUUAGCAUCUCCUAAAGAUGUUCUAAACAAAAAUACAACGGCAGCAGUAGCCGCUGCAGCUGCUGCAACUUUACUACCAAAUAUACCAAUGCUAUCAUAUCCAGCAAGUUACGUUGGAAGUUAUUUAUUUUCACUCGGCAUACAACAGGAACAACAAAAACAACAGCAGGCUGUUGCAGCCGCUGCAGCAUUUCGUCAUCAGCAACAACAACAUACAGCACUCUUUCAUCCUUAUGCCACACUUCUAGCACAAAAAAAAAAAUCUGCAAGUUUUGAUAAUUACUCGCCUCCAUCACAACUGCCAACUGCAAUGCCUUACAAUGGCAUUUCAAUGUCUUCGUUGCCAGAUGGAUUUUGCACAUCACCAUCGGCUUCAUCAAAUGCCUCUACUAAUGACUUUCCCAGUUACGAUGAGAAUCAUUCAGCCAAACGCUUCAAACAUGAGUCUUCAUGUUCACCUGCCAGCUCACCCAUUAAAUCCAGUGUACAUAGUUGUAUAACGCCUAUACAUAAGAAUACAAUAAAGACUGAAAUGGACUUAUUGCCAGUGAUUUCGGAUUAUGCUGAUUCCAGUAAACGUAUACGUACCGCUUUUACAAGUACUCAACUUUUGGAAUUGGAACGUGAGUUUUCCAUGAACGCUUAUUUAUCACGUUUGCGUCGCAUAGAAAUUGCGAAUCGCUUGCGACUAUCAGAGAAGCAAGUAAAAAUCUGGUUUCAAAAUCGUCGUGUUAAGCAAAAGAAAGGUGGCUCUGAGAGUCCCACAUUUGGUUUCUCAGAAAAUUGUAUGAGUCCUAGUUCAUCAUCAACUGAAAGACAGACAACAUUAUCGCCAGUACAUCAAUGCUGUUGUCCCCAUAGCAAGGAAACCACCAAUAUCUGUGAGAGCUCUUGUGCGAUUAAAACGCAUUAA